AUGUUGACCCGUCUUAGCUCGAAGCUCCGCGGCCGACGGCUCUUUGGCCGCUCGCCCGUGGCCGCGUCGGACGUCCACUCGCAGAUCCUCCGCAUUCUCCAGGAGGCGCCCGCGGAGGAGCGUGUUGCGGCGCCGCCCGAACGCAAGAAGGGCAUUGUGAUUCUCGAUCCCGAGCAGACGAAAAACAAGGAGUACGCGCGGUACGUGGCCACGCUCCAGCGGCGGGGGCCCGGCCCGGCCGCGGCGGCAGGUGGGUUUGGCGGCCCGGCCGUGUGGGCCGGUUUGGCCGCGGAAGAGCCGCGGCUCGUGGAUGUGUUUGCGGCCAUCGACGGGUUCCGGCCCGGCGCGGGCGUGGCGGCGGUGCCGUUCAGCGCGCGGCUGGCGGCGCGGGACUUGGCCGCGGCGUUCAAGCGGGCGCAGCUUGCGGAGUAUGUGGAGACGCGUGCGCCGGCGCUCUACCGGCGGAGCCACACGAAGGCGCGCUUGGCCGAGACCAUUGUGACGCGGGUGUGGGCGGGAGGGGUGUCUGGAGACAUAUCUGGAAACACGCCUGGAGGUCCCGGACACAUGGCCACAGGCUUGCCCAGAGGCUUGGCCUCGGACCUCCCCCACCUCAGCUCGGUCCUCUCCCACGAACAAAUCCCCCUCUCGCCGCAGCACAUGUUCCUCUUGCUCAGCCGGCGCGGCGCCGUGCUCCGGCUCGUGCGGCGCACCGUCGCCCACUUGGACUUCGACGCCGCCCGCAACGAGCUCGUGCUCAUCGGCACGCAGGGCCAGCUCCAGAACGCGCGGCUCAACUUGGCCGCCCGGCUCGACGCCGCCGUGCGCGAGGACGUCGACUUGGCCGCGCUCCACCCGCCCGCCGGGCUUGCCUUCGCGGACAUCGCCCGCGUGGCCGACGUGCACCUCCAGCACGUGCACGGCCACACGUACCAGCUCUGCGCGUUCGCCCCGGCGCAGCUCAGGCGCGUCAAGCGCUUGUUGGUCUGGCACUGGGACGCGGCCCGCCGCGCGCCGCGCCGCCUCCAUCUCCCGCCGCCGCCCGUGCUCGCCGCGGCCGUCUUGGUGCCGCACGCGGACGCCUACAGCAUGCCGUGGCUCCGCCGCGCCGACGCGCUCUUCGAGCUCGCCCACGACGCGCGCCGCGUGCCGGGCGUGCUUGCCCGCGAGAUGCGCCGCUUCUCCGCGGCCAGCCUCCGUAGCGCCGAGGCCACGGCCGACUACGGCCUGGUGCCGGGCUCGCUCUCGCCGCCGGCCUUGGCGGGCGUGUUUCCCGGCGCCGCGGACUUGGACGCCGUGUUCUCGGAACCUGCCGGCUUGGACCCUGCCGACCCGGAACCUGCUGACCCGCACCAUGCCGGCUUGGAACCUGCUGGCACGCCCGCGGACCCCGACGACAUGCUGCCCGGCGACGCGCUCGAGACCGUCAUUGGCGAGCUCGCCGCGGCCCCCGCGGGGGCAGCCCCCAGGGCGCCGCUCCUCUCCACAGACUUGCGGACGCAGCUCUACAACGAGCUCGUGGACUUUGGCGCCGCCCCCGCGGGCCUGGACCCGCCCAUGUUCACCGCCACGCUAGGCCGCGUGGUGUUCCGCGGCGAGCCCCAGCCGGGCGCCGUGCUCCCGCACGCCCCGCCCAAGGACCCGGCGCGCUUGGCCUCGGCGUUCGCGUUCACCACCAACAUCCCGCUGGCCUACGACAAGAUGCUCCACGAGGGCCUCGGCGACGCGGCCGCCGCGCCCGCGGGCGCGGACCCGCACACGUACAGCCUCCAGUUCAAGUUCGUGCCGUCGCCCUACGGCGUGCCGGGCGGCGCGGCCGCGCUCCGGCGCCACAUGGCCCACCCGCCGCUCGAGAUGUGGAUGCAGCUCAACGACAACCAGGUCGUGGACGUCGAGUCGCUCCAGCUCGUCCGCGUGGAGGCCGAGAACUCCAGCUACGUGUGCUUGCCGCAGCACGGCUGCGACUUGAAGCUCUCGUGCCAGCGGACCGGGCGCGUGCUUCUGGACGAGCCGGUGCCUCUGGACGAGCCGGUGCCUCUGGACGAGCCGGGCCCGGCCGACCCCGCCGCCGCGCAGGCCUCGGGGCUCUUGGACGCGCUCUUCGACGCGCCGUCCAGCAAGUACCCGCGGCUCCGGGGACAGCCGGGCGUGCAGCGCUUUCUCGAGGAGUCGCAGUUGAACUUCAGCGGCAAGACCGCCACGUCCAUCGCGCCGUACAUGGACGUGCUCAUGGACGGCCGCACGGUGCGCUACGCGUUCGUCUGCGUCAACUACCGCCGCGAGCUCGACCUCGAGAUCGGCGAAGGCCAGAUGGCCCAGGUGAGCGUGGUGGACGGCGGUCUGUUGGGCGGGCGCCGCGCAGAGGUGCGCUUUGUCGGCGACUUGGCCGCCGGCGUCGACCGCGCGGCGUUCGACGCCUUGAUGGACUCCACGUGUGAGUUUGUCCGCGACUUGUAA